UUUAUCGAUCGACAUCUAUUCCGAAUGCCUUUAAUUGUAAUGUGUGGUUUCCCUUCUAGUGGGAAGACAAGUCGUUCAACACAAAUUAUGCAAUAUUUUAUUGAUCGUUUUAAUAAUGAAAAUAAACCCAAUUCAGUUCAUUUAAUAAAUGACGAGUCGUUAGGGAUAAGUAAAGACAGUUAUAAAGAUACACGCCUUGAAGAAAAGAAAUCUCGUGGAACACUUAUUUCCGCUGUCGAAAGAAUGAUAUCGAAAGAUGACUUGUUAAUUGUCGAUGCCAUGAAUUAUAUCAAAGGAUUUCGAUAUCAGUUAUACUGCAUUGCACGCGCUAUUGGUACACCCCAUUGUGUAGUGUAUUGUGGGAUUCCAGUUGAGAUUGCCAAAGAAUGGAAUUCCAAACGUGUUGAAAGUGGUUAUGAUACAACAGUAUUCGAUGAACUUGUUAGUCGAUUCGAAGAACCUGAUGAUCGAAAUCGUUGGGAUUCACCACUAUUUACAGUAUUUUAUAAUGAUGAAGCAGUUCCUUUUGAUGGUAUAUGGGAUGCUGUUAUUAAUAAAAAAGCAAAGCCUCCCAAUUUAUCAACUGUUUCGAAACCAGUAAGCGAAACAAAUUAUUUAUAUGAACUUGAAAAAACCACCCAAGAUAUAAUUAAUGAAGUUUUGGAUGCUCAAAAACAUAAUGUUGGAGGUGGUGCUGUAAAAAUCUCUCGUACAAAUCGAACAGUCAAUCUUCCUUCACGUACGAUAACAUUAUCAGAAUUUAGAAGAUUAAGAAGACAAUUUACAAACAUCAAUAAAAUGCAUACGUUAUUAGAUAUGGAUCGAGUAGCUGAACUAUUUGUUGAAUAUUUAAAUACAAAUAUUAAUCGAUAACAUUACAAAUAUUUAUUAAAGUUCUAUUGGUUAACGUGAAAAAUUCUUUGGUUACGUUCUUUAUCAUGUAAAAUAGAGCUGAGAGAUUGUUAAAAAUAGAAAAAUUCUUGUAAAUUCUGUUCAAAUUAUCCAAAAAAAUUUCUAAAUUAAAAUCAUUAGUAUAAAUUA